UCUGUCUGUAUAAUUAAGAAGCUUUUGCACGGGUCGAUUUUUUAUGCAUACAACAGAUCCUUAUAGUGCUGUCAGUCGUGUUUAGUCCUGACAGCUGGUGAAUCAGUGUAAAUUAAUAAAAAUGUCGUUUGCUGAAAAACUAACGUCAAUUAUGCAAAAACCAGGACAAGAUCCUGUUGCCAAGGAUGAUGUACCUGUUUGGUUGAAGUAUGCUGGUCGAGGACUCGGUACUGUAGGCAGUUUAAUUGCAAUUUUUCUUGGAGCAUGGAACUGUAUAUCGAUACUAUUGGGUUCUAUAGAUUGUUUAAUUAGUGGUAUGUGGCAAAUGGUGGCUGGUUUUAUAGUGGUAAUGAUAGAAGCCCCAUGUUGUUGUUUAUUUAUUGAUUUUGUACAAAACUUAAGUGAUUGGGUAGAAAAGAGACCAUAUUGGAAUAGAGCAGGGGCAUACUGUUUAAUGGCAAUUCCACCAGUCUUCCUGUGUAUAGGGAUGAGUAGUAUUUUUGGCAGUGGUCUAAUAUUUGCAACAGGUGUAAUAUAUGGACUAAUGUCUCUAGGACGAAAGGCACCUCUUCCUGAAAUGAGAUCAGCAGCGACAAACAUCGAGGUUCCUUCAUCCAGUAUGCAAGCCACACUUGUUGGGAAUGCUCAACCCAUGGGUUUUACUAAUAGACCAGAUAGUAAUGUUUGAUUUUUAUAUAACUAAUUGGCAAAACCUCAUCAUUUUGUAUGAAUGAUAACGAAUGUUGUUUUGAUAAAACCAUCAGUAACCAAAUCCAUGAAUAUUGUGUUAUUAAAAUAAUUGUAUUUAUUUUAUAACAAUAUUGUAAAAAUUUCAUAUACUUUUAUCAUGAUUAUCAGAACAAUUAUUUGUAUUACUUGUAUUAACACGUAGACUGCCAACUGUGAGACAACUCGUAGUUUGCGUUAUUGCCUAAGACGCCAACUACGAGUUGUCUUAUAAUUGGCAGUCAACAUGUUAAACUUUCAAUGAAUUUUAGAUAAUAUUCUUUUAUUACAUAAUUUUCAAUUCAGUAGUGUAAGUUACACAUACGUUAUGAAAACAUUGCUGUUAUAUGCAUAGAAGUGCAUAUAUAAAGUUAAAAACUGCCAUAGAAAUUAAUUUUCAAAGCUAUAUUCAUGGGCUUGGUUUCAUGACUUUAUCUAUUUAGUGUGUCAUAGUAAUUUAAUAUUAAAAUUUGUGAUGAAAAAAACUAUUCUUAUAAUUGAUUUUGGAUAUAUAGUUAUCUUACUUAAAUUUCACAUCCUAAUGGAAUGAAUAAUAACAUUUUAAGUGAAAAUAACACUUCCAAAAUCAAAAUCCAAGACUUUCAGAUAGAUCAUUCAUAACUGAUAGGGAAUGGAAGAGUCAUAAUAGCUUUAUCCUUCUUAAUGUGUAUGCAUAUCUGCAUAUAUAUAAAGCAAGUCAUAUGAUUAGUUAAGAUAAAUCGUAGCUUCCUUUCGUUUAAAAUAUAAAAGACUAGAAAAAAAUAUUUGAAAAAAAAGUUGGAGGGUGCAAUAACAUGUAUUUUGUUCUGACCUCAUUUUCUUUUUAAGUAUGAUAAAGCUUCAUGGUUUCACAGUUAAAAUGAGCACGAGUAAUACUUCGAGUAUGUUGUAAUUAGAUAUAAAGAAUCCAACAUAUUUUAAUCCAGAAUAAUCGUUUUUUAUACAAUGGAAUUUAAGCGGAAUUCACAUAAUAUAUUCCACAUUUUAAAAAUUAAGUUUAUAGACUAAUUAUAAAACUAAAAAUUAAAAUGUUUGUGUAUAUUUCUUUAUAUAAUAUUGUACUGUAUUGUAUUAUACAGUAUUAUAUAAUGAAAUAUUUGAUCAUUCUAAGAUUUUUACAUGUUUUAUUCAACAAAUUUUAAAUAUUUUCAUAAGCAAAAUUAUUGUACAAAUUGAUUUGUAUCAAAAAAAUAUUAAAAGAAUUCAUUCAUUGAGUACAUUGUUACAGUUAAGAUGAAAAUGAGGCCAGAAGAAAACAAAUUUAAUUGCACUAUUUAAUUUUUUCCAUUAUUGUUUUUUCUAAUAUGAAUGGCAAAGAACUAUACAAUAUUUUAGUUGUGUAGUUCAAGUUAUAUGUUCUCUCUGCCAAAUUAAUUUUAUGUAUAAUUAUACAUCUCUAUCAGUUUAUUUUUAAUUAUUAUGUUUACUACAUGAAUUUAUAUUAUGUUUACUUCUCUAUGGUAUUGUUGAAGACUUCCAACUUAUAUGAUUAAUAAUCCCUAACUGUUUUUAGUUUUAUAUUUUCACAGCCAAAUAUAGUUUUACCCCUUAACAGAUAAUUAAUUAUAAUUAUAUGUGAUAAGGCAGAGGGAAUAAGUAAAAUGUUAGGUUCUCAUAAUCUGAUUUAUAUACAAAUUUACAAACUUGUAAUAUCCAGAUUAUUCUAAUAAUAUUUACUUUAGAUUUUAUUUUAUUUAAAAUUACAUAUUUUCAUUAUAGGCUACAUACAAUUCAUUUUAUUUUAAUUUCUUUAUAUUAUAAAUUUGUAUAAUAUAUCUUUGAUCAAAUAAGCAUUUAUUUUAGACUUCACAUUGCCAAACUGUUCAAUCAUUUUCUUUUUAUACAUUCCUAUUUUUUAAUUAAUUUAUUAAAUAAAACUAAUUGUAAAAUAGAAAUAUUUAAUGAUUACUUCCGUGGUUUUUGUGUUUGUUUCCUAAAUGAAUUCAGUUCGAAUGUCAUUUUUGAAAUAAAGUACUUUGAUUUGAUUUAAUUAAAUAGUUUGAAACGCCAAGUAUUGAAAUAAGUAUUGUUCGAUAUGCCUGUUUACAAUUACAGUCGUGCAUCCGUAUUCAUCAGUAAUAUCAUCCAAGAUACAUCGUGGUUACACGAGACUUAUGAUUGAUUUUUAUGUUAUAAAUCAUGCAAUCUUUAUUAAAAUAUUUUUUCAUUCUGUAACCAUUUCCAAGUCAGUACUCCAGAGUUGAAUUUUGGAGAAUAAUUUAACUCUUUCAACUUGAAUAACCUCAAUUAAAAAAAAUACGUAUUUAUUAUUUUUGACUGGUUUAUUUUUUUAUUAUUGCUGUUUAUUAUUUUUGACAUUUCUAUACUGUUAGGAAAAAAAAAUUUAUUAUCAAUAUCAAUUUAUAAAGUGACAGUUUAACGUGAAAAUAUAUGUACAUAUGUAUCUUGGGCCACGAAAUCUUUUGAGUGCCUUUGAGGCAAGCAUGUGCAGAGAGUAAUAAAAUGGGUAGGAGUAACUACUUACAUGUGCAUGCUUGUUGUAGUAGGAAACUGCAGAGAUAUUGAUUCAACGGAUACGGGGGCACAAUUAUAUAUUUAAAAACUAAUUGUUUAUUGAUAUAUAUACCACUUAAUAAAAACACAAGUUUGAAUUAUUUAGUGAAUAUAAUUAUAUACAUACAUACAAACAUAAAAUAGAACACCGCUUAAUUUUUACCCCGUAAAAAUAUUCGGACAUUAAACAAAUUUUAAUAAUUCUACAUAGAAAUAUAUCUGUUUAUAAAAUUGUAAUAAUUUUAAUAUUUUCUUAAUUGGCCCUUCUAUGUAAUACAACAUGUAAACGUUUAGAUAGUUUAGAAACAAAAUUUUUAAACAUUCCUGUAUAAUGUGUUCCUGUUCCUGUGUUGAUUGUUAUUUUAAUUCUUCUUGUGUUUUUAUUCUACGAAUUUCUAUAAAUUCUUCAUUGGAUUUAACUCUUGAAUAGCGGAGUUGGGGUCAAUCGAGACCCAAACUUAAUAAUUUUUAAACAAAAGAGUUUCAUAUAUUGAAGGAAUAAUUUUUCGAGAAACUAAAAUUUAGAAAACGAAAAUAAUAUGAAAUACAAAAUUAAAUUAAGAUUGGGUCUCUCUAUGGUUCACCUUCUGAGAGUUAAAUUAAUUGUAGAGCAUGUUGCAACACUUUUAAACAAUUUAUAAUAAAUAUUCUUUCAAUAUUUUUAUUGUAAGAUGAAAAUAUUUAUUUUUGUCUAAAAUGCCAUCAAUAAAAUCUAAUUCGCCGU